UGCACAACAUCCACGCACGUGACCUUUUUAGUGCAGCAGCUCGAGCCGCGCCGCCUGGAAGGACAUUGUGGACUAGAGACUUUUUACCCGUUUCUUCACUCUUUCAUCAUACUGUAAAUGGGUUUGACAUCACGACAGUCGGUAAAUUCUUCGAGGCUCUUGAAUCGAAGCGUCGGCGGUGAAUGGAUUAUUUUGUUGAAGUAUCACGCAGAGGCCUCGCAACAACCCACAGUCGGCAGCCAUUGCCGGACCAUCGAAGCCGGAGAAGACCGUAACCUGUUGCUGCCAUGGCGGUUUAUAGUUCACAGGUGCUCCUUGCUGUUACCAGAUCGAGAGGCUCCUAUAUAAGGCACAGCUGCACCUCUUUCCCAUCUAAAGCCUACCUUCACAUCGACCCACCCAGCCCUGCAUCACCAUGUCCACUCAGACGCCUCUGUUCAACUUACCCCCGCUGCUCCCGCACCCUCGCCCCCCAUCGCACUCCCACCUCUGCGCUGCUGGCCCGCUCGCUGCACAGCUCCACAGUAUGGUUCAAUGACGCCAAGCAGGAACAGGGGAGCACCAAGGCCUCCGCUGCCCCAGCACAGGUAGCCUCUACAGGGGCUGUGAAGGACUCUGUCACUCCCCCACCUCCACCACAACAACCGCCAAACCCCACUCCAGCUGCCACGGCAACAACAACAACAACAACAACAUCAUCAGCGGCGCCGGCUGUCUCUCCAGUGCAGGAAAAGGCUUUGAGAAAAACUCUAUACCAGAGAGUUGUGGACGAGCUGAAGCACUACUACAACGGCUUCCGGUUGCUGGGCAUCGACACCACGAUAGCGGGCCGGAUGGUGUGGAGGCUCCUGCAUGGACAGCUGCUCACACGCAGGGAGAGGAGAAGGCUACUGAGGACCUGUGCAGACCUGUUCCGUCUUGUCCCCUUCAUGGUCUUCAUCAUCGUUCCUUUCAUGGAGUUCCUACUGCCCGUCUUCCUCAAGCUCUUCCCAGAGAUGCUGCCAUCCACCUUCGAAACGGAGUCCAAAAAGGAAGAGAAACAGAAGAAGGGCCUUGCUGCUAAGCUGGAGCUGGCCAAGUUCCUCCAGGAAACCAUUGCUGAGAUGGCUCGCAGAAAUAAGGCCAAGGCUCUGACAGAUGACGAGACGCAGCGCUUCUCCACUUACGUGCAAAAGGUGAGGCACACCGGAGAGCAGCCGACCACCAAGGACAUUGUGAAGUUCUCCAAGCUGUUUGAGGAUGAGCUGACCCUGGAGCAUCUUGAGCGCCCCCAGCUGGUCGCACUGUGCAAGCUGCUGGAGCUGCAGCCCAUCGGCACCAAUAACCUGCUGCGCUUCCAGCUGAUGAUGCAGCUGCGCAACAUCAAGGCAGACGACGAGAUGAUUGCGACAGAGGGCGUACCCGCUAUGAGUGUGUCAGAGCUGCAGGCAGCGUGUCGUAGUCGGGGUAUGAGGUCCCUGGGUCUGACCACUGACCAGCUUCGUCAGCAGAUGCAACAGUGGAUCGACCUGCACCUGAAGGAAAAUGUACCUCCAUCCCUACUCCUGCUCUCCCGGGCCAUGUACCUGACAGACCUCAAACCCAAAGCCCCCGUUAUCCCCCCAGUCCCCAAACUAGAGAAAGUCACUCCUCCUCCAGUAGAGAAUUCGGAGAAAACAACCUCAGCCAAAACUGACCUGCUGACUGAUCCUGCGCUGGUCAUCAAAGACAGACCGGUGGAGGAGUUGAGCGACAAAGCUCCUUCCUUGGUGUCAAGCAAACCGUUAACUCCUGCUGAGGUGCUCCAGGCAAAAGCAGCCACAGAAUUAUCCCAGAAGAGCAAGAUGACUGCUAAUGGUGUUUAAAGACGCCCACCAGGACUUGGAUCAGACCGGGAUGUGGUGAUCGACCAUCAUGCCUACAGGGAUCUUCAACACAAAGCCUUCAGCCAUUAGAUGUCUCACCCCCCCCCCUUUCCUCCAUGCCUUAACUCUUAUGCAGACAACCUCAGUGGAACACACUCUUCUCCAGUUUUAAUGUUUUGUUCUUCAGAGUUUCUCUCUGUCAUUGGCAUUUUUUAACGAUGCCAGGGACUCUCCACUGAUCCCCAGCUCUGGUUUACCAGACGGUCACCCUGGGAGGGUUAGGCACACACACCUUACUUGCCCAUCAGUAGCAGAUUGCUUUGACUUUAUGCAGUAUAACGUUUUUGCAUUCUGUUCAAUUGAACAAUGCAUUGACCCAACUCUGAUUUAUUUGACCUAGGAGGAGAGGACUAGAGCGUGAUGGUUUCAGUCUUGCUGGAUGUGGUCUUGAUAAGCCCAGCCUCUCCUUGUAUAUUUGUAAAUACCCUGUAUAUUGUUCUUGGUCCGAAAAUGCAGCAGCUGCUCUGUACAGUGUGCUAUCCAGCUAUCUAAAAUGUUCUUAAGUAAAGGUUUCAUGAACUUCAAAGGUUAAAAGGUAAAUUAUUUUUACCCUUUCAGCCCAGAAUCACAUAGUCAACUGGUAUGGUAAUGGGAGAUUCCUUCCCCGAAUAGGCUACUUUGAACUUUUAAGUUCAAUAGCGAUCUGUGGCUGUCCUUCCCUUUAUAGUUUGAAUGUGGUAAAUUGUGAAUGAAGCAAAGUCCCAAUAUUGAAUAAGCUAUUUCAAAUUUUGAGAAUCUACUAUAAAUUGAUCACAAAUCACCACUUGCCAGUUGAUGACUUUUCGGUUUGGAUGGCCCAGGGACAAAUAAAGUUGGAUUAUUUAUUUGGUGUUGGCUGGCUAAAAUUAAUAUUGGAAGCAUACUGUAUGUCUAUACAUAUUGUUGAGAAAGCUCACUCCACAACUCUUGUCAUGUACAGAUGUGUCAUGUAACCAGUUGAACUGACACGCUGUAAAAUUUGGCGAUUGUACUGGAAUAUACGUUGUUAUAUUGUGUUUUAAUGCUACGAUCCUUCCACUUUAAUUUUGGGUUUUAUUUGAAGAUACUUGUCAAGCAAUGACUGCAAUUAAAUUCAAGACACUCAUUGUAACAAAUUGUAUUGAGGAUAAGGAUUUGUUUAUUUUUGGAGCAAUUUAACUAGAAAUGCGUUUUUAUUUGUAAUAUAAAUACUGAAAGCAGAAUAUGACAUCCCUAUUAAUCUCCACUCAUCACCAUUAAUUACUUUUGCAUAUUCAAAUGAACCAGAAGAACAUUUGCAUUCGUUAUUACAUAACCAUGUAUGCGUGUGGUUUCCCAUGUGUGUGGUAUGAUCUUUAGCGUUUUGAUUUGGUCAGAUUCCUUUAAUCCAGAAAACAUUUAUUUACCGCUCUGAAAAUAGUCUGUUGGAUCCUGGGGCAAAUUGAAAUGGUUUCCUCGCCGUUUUUUCUCAUAUCGCUAACCGUUAAACUAGCGUUCACGCUAACAUUUUACAUUCAAAAGGGCCAAUGGGGGGCAAUAUUUUAACCAGGCUAAAUUGGAGCCCCAUUCCCCGACCCUGUUUAACUUUGCACUGCUUUGAAUUACUUUUAAAACCAAGGCCCAAGGUGCCUUGCUGCUACGUCACACUGACAUUUUCUCUUCUUACUCACUCCACCAAAUAUAUUUAUGCAAAUAGGAUUUCAUUUAAUGACAGCCAACGAUUGUUGGACAGUGAUCCUCUACUACUCGAACGACAGGUUGCCAAAUUGACCACAACUCCACUUAAUCCCUGAUCUGAGCAGCCUCUGUUCUAGUUAUCAAAAACUGCCAGAUUAUCAAGAGAAAGGGCCUUUCUUUAUAUCAAUAUUUUUUUAAUCACUUGCCCCUCAUAAAUGUAUAAGGCUAUUGUUGAAAAUCCUGGAUUUCUUCUUCAAUCAAUUAUUACGUUAUUUACCACUCUAGGUUCAAACUAUUUGCCACCCCCAUAAUUUAAAUAAAUUCAGAUUAGGAGAAAAAUCAAUUGGUUCUUAUAUAUUUUAGGCCAUGCCGGUGUUGCUCCGAGCCUCGUUGCCCGACAUGUCUGCUUCUGGGAGCCGGCGGUCCUCUCCUCCACGGAUUCUUAAUUCCACCACUCCAUGACAUGGCUGCUCCGUUUCGCUGUUCCUGUGCGGACCCUUAAAAUGCUGUUCAUUAUCUUACCUUGUCAAUGGCUGUUUUGAGUGAUGGAAGAGCAAAAGUAACGUGAUUAAAAUCAUGAUGAAAACAUG